AUGGAGAAGACACGUUACGUUUACAGGCGAUAUGAGCGAUGGAUGCCACCGAUGCGAAGGGAGGCGUCGGCGGAACAUGCCGGCGGUUCUUCGCCCCUGAACUUGCAGAACUCGGCACUGGUUGAGAGUGGAGGCGACGAAACGCGAAUCGGACAGCGAUCGGAGAACAUAUCCCCAGAGCCAUCGUUAGCGUCUGCGACUGCCUCGAGAGAUUACGACAGCGAUGGUGACACGUUGAUCAUCGUCGAGCAAGGUGUCGUCUCUUCCUCUAAACCUUAUAAGUCCAAGUCAUCAGAAACCUCAGGCAACGAGGUGCCCUCUAAGCGCCCGUGCAUCGCGACGGAAGAUACACCGACCAAAACUAACGCUGAUAUCACGAAAGGA